UUGUACUUUGGCGCUUCGCCCUCCGCCACUUUGGUCACACUCCCCGGGCUGCAUUUUUCCAAUCCAACAUCGUGAAAAAAAAUCGGCGCGCCAUUUCUGUCCACCGUUUUGCGUUGCUCCGUUUCUGCAGACUUGACAAUUCGCGAGUGUUUAUUUGUUCAAGCGGAGCCCGCCCCCGCGCUCGAGCACCCACAAAGGCCCCACCGCCCCUUAGAUUGAGCAACGUGGUGAAAUCGAAGCAUUGCUCACUGCGAUCGAAGGACAAAGGGGACUCACCAAUUAUAUGUGCAUUCGGAUCUAAACAGUGAGCAACAUGUUUGGUGGCGCGAAACCCAGCUUCGGCACCACUCCGGCGGCCACGAGCUUCGGCGGCUUCAGCGGCACCACGACAGCCACUCCGUUUGGCCAGGCGGCGUUCGGGAAGCCGGCGGCUCCGGCCUUCGGGAACACCUCCACCUUUGCCGCCCAGCCGGCGCAGCAGUCGCUCUUCGGAGCAGCGGCCACGCCGGCGCAGCCCGCGGGAGGAUUAUUCGGAGCCAACACUUCCACGGGCUUCGGGAGCACCGCCGCCGCCCAGCCCACGGCAUUUGGAGCCUUCUCGCAACCGCAGCAGACCUCGAAUAUAUUUGGAUCCACCCAGACGCCCUCGAGCACCUCCCUCUUUGGCCAAUCCACGCUGCCCGCCUUUGGAGCCGCUAAGCCCACGAUGACCGCCUUUGGACAGACGGCGGCUGCCCAGCCGACGGGCUCCUUGUUUGGCCAGCCGGCUGCGGCGACCAGCACGACGGGAUUUGGAUCAUUUGGCACCACGGCGCCGGCAACUACAAGCGUCUUCGGCAGCGGCACCGCCUCGGCCUUUGCCCAGCCACAAUCCACCGCCGUCGGGGCCUCGGGAGUCAAUCAGGGCACAGCGGUGGUCAAGUACCAGCCCACCCUGGGCACCGAUACGCUGAUGAAGAGCGGGCAGCCCAAUAAUGUCAACACCAAGCAGCACUGCAUCACGGCCAUGAAGGAGUACGAGGGCAAAUCGCUGGAGGAGCUGCGUCUGGAGGACUACAUGUGCGGGCGGAAGGGUCCGCAGGCGGGCAGUGCUCCUGGGGCCUUUGGAUUCGGCGGUCAGGUGGCGCAGCCUGCCCAGCCAGCGGCAGGUGGACUUUUUGGCAGCACUGCUCAGCCGAGCACGGGACUUUUUGGUCAAACGGUGACGGAGAAUAAGAGCAUGUUUGGCAGCACCGCCUUUGGGCAGCAACCGGCGACCAAUAGCGCUUUUGGGGCACCUGCCCAGCAAAACAACUUCCUGCAGAAGCCCUUUGGAGCCGCGACCACCACACCAUUUGCCGCCCCAGCAUCAGACGCUUCGAAUCCCUUCGGGGCCAAGCCCACCUUUGGCCAGGGAGGAAGUCUCUUUGGACAGGCACCGGCGACCAGUGCAGCUCCUGCCUUCGGACAAACGAAUACUGGGUUUGGGGGCUUCGGCUCUACGGCAGGCGCAACGCAGCAGACCUCGCUAUUCGGAGCCACACCCGCCGCGGAUCCAAAUAAGUCUGCCUUUGGAUUGGGCGCCGCUCAGCCCGCAGCCACGCCAGGAUUCGGAUUCGGAGCUCCGGCCACGAGCACCGCAGGCGGCGGACUCUUCGGCAGCAAGCCCGCCACAAGCUUCGCAGCGCCCGCUUUUGGAGCCACCUCCACGGCAAGUACGCCGUUCUCAAACUUUGGCAUGAACACGAGUACGGCAGGAACAGGAGGAGGACUCUUCAACUCGAGCAUGAACAAGCCGGCAACGUCGGGAUUCGGAGGAUUUGGAGCCACCAGUGCAGCACCACUUAAUUUCAAUGCAGGCAACACGGGCGGAUCGCUUUUCGGGAAUGCGGCCAAGCCGGCAGGAGGUUUGUUCGGAGGAGGAACCGCCACCUUGGGAGGCACGGGAGCUGCACCGACAGGAGGAUUAUUUGGAGGCGGUACUAGCAGUUUCGGAGGCGUCGGCGGUUCGCUGGGCGGCGGUGGCUUUGGCAUGGGAACAAAUAACUCCUUGACUGGCGGUCUUAUGGGCGCUCAACCUACCAUUGGCAUUAUGACGCCCUCGCACCAGCCCAUCCAUCAACAGAUCCUGGCCAGGGUGACCUCGCCCUACGGCGACUCGCCCAUUUUCAAGGAUCUGAAGCACAGCGACGAGGCGGACGCCACCAGGGCCACAAAUCCGGCUGCCCAGCAGGCAGUGCUGGACAUGAGCAGCAACCAGUACAAGAUUGCCACCAAGAACAGUCCGGCGCCCGUGAAGGUGAAGGCGCUGGGCAGCACGCUGAACAGAAAAUCCUUGUUCGAUGGCCUCGAGGAGUUCGAUGCCACGGUGGAGGGCUUUAAUUUGAAGCCCAAUGCCAAGCGGUUGGUUAUCAAGCCCAAAGUAAAGAAUGUGGAGAGCGGAAAUCCCUCCAACUCGAUUGGCAGUGCGCCCAACACGCCGCAGUCUCGCCCCAAAGUGGCUACUCCUGGCAAGGAACGCGAAUCCUUCAGCGGAGUUAUACCUACUGAACCACCACCACCGGCAGGAAACUCACCUGGCGCGGUUAAUGGUCGAGAUAGCCAGGAUAUCAGAGGCCGCGAGUCGUGGCUGCAUCCCAACAACCUGGAGAAGGUGCGCCAGCAUAAUAUUCAGACCGGAAUGGACCAGGGAUCGCCGCAUAACAGCACCCUCAACGAACUGGUGCCGCGCAAGCCACUGGAUACCUACCGACCUUCGUCCACCGUUCGCCUCUCGGUGUCCACUAUCCCAGAGAAUCCGUUUGAAGAUCAGUCUAGCACUAUUGCUCGAAGGGAAACAUUUACAUCGGAGCAGGCCAAUGAGAGCGUGCUCUCCAGCAGGUCCCACGAGGCCGAGGAUUCUACCGCCAACCGAUCGCGUCUUGCCAUUGAGGCAGCUGCUGCCGAGGCGGCCGACUACGAGGCCCAUCCCACCGGCAUUGUGCUGCGACGUGUGGGCUACUAUACGAUUCCAUCGCUGGACGACCUGCGCUCCUACCUGGCCGAAGACGGAUCCUGCGUGGUCCCGAACUUCACUGUGGGUCGCGAAGGAUACGGCAAUGUUUUCUUCGGCAAGGAGAUGGAUGUGGCCGGGCUGAACAUCGAUGAGAUUGUCCACUUCCGCAACAAGGAGAUCAUCAUUUAUCCCGACGACGACAACAAGCCGCCCAUUGGACACGGCCUGAACCGAGAUGCACAGGUCACCUUGGACCAAGUGUGGCCCCUGGACAAGACCAAGCACGAGGCGAUCAAGGAGCCGCAACGCCUGCUCGAGAUGGAUUGGGAGGGCAAGUUGCGCCGGGUGUGCGACAAGAACGAUACGCGCUUUAUUGAAUACCGUCCCGAGACUGGCAGUUGGGUCUUCCGCGUCAAGCACUUCUCUAAAUACGGCCUGGGCGACAGUGACGAGGAGGACGAGGUGCCCACCGACCCGAAAAAGGCCAAAAUGGCGGCACUCGAAGCCCAGCAGCGGGCUAACGUAGAGAAGAUGACUCUCAACUCGCUGCGUCAGGCUCAGAAGAUUUCGGAGGACGCAGCUCGUAACUUGGAUCCAAAGGCCUUGGUCGCUGGAGUAGCCAGCGGAUUCCGGCCAAUGGACGAUACCGCCGAGUUCCUUUUAAUGGACAAAACACAAUUUUUCCAAGCCGGCGGCAACUCGGAUUUCUCCAUGUUUGAUGCACCGCGUCAUCGUCCAAAUAUCACCAGCCCCACAGCCGUUCUGGCUCAGGAUAUGGUUGGCAAUGAGCCGCACAAAAUGCAGCUGAUGAAGUCGUCCUUUUUUGUGGAUGACAAUGCCUGCGAGGAUGAGCCCAUGGAGCCACCUGGACGUCUUCUUCGUAAUCGCAAGUUUUUUAAUGUGGAACCCAACGCCUGGAAAGAUGGCGCUUCCGAGAGCUCGAGUCAAUAUGAUUUUAAACAACCAUCUCCUGCUCUGCCGGUCUCUUCCUCUGUUUCCGAGGACAGCCUGAUUUUACAAUACGAGGAGACCUCGUCGAUGGCAACUGGUAGCAUUGUCACAGCUGUUAAGGAUAAAAAGGCAGAGCUGCCUGUCGCCAAAGCCUUCAAGUUUGUGUGCAAGCCUAAAGUGGCUCCGGUUAAGGUGCAUGCCACAACGGUUCCCUUGCCCAGAUCCAUUGCCCAUGAAAUGCGCCACAAGUGGAUCGCCGAUCUGGGAUUCUACAAAGGACGCAGCUUCAAGCUCAGUUUUGGGCCGCAGAACUCUUUGGUGCUGCCGAAUACAUUCAACAAUAUGCGUAACCUAAAAGAAUUUACUGGACCAGCCCUUCCAGCCUCCAUGGUUUUCGCGCCUCGCCUACCCACCGACAUGUCACCCAAUGUAAUGCAACUGGUGCAGUUUAACAUGGUCAAGGGCAGCGAGGGAAUUUGCGAGAGCAUCGUUCCCCAUCUGGAGGUCCAGCUAAGCGACUGCCUCUCCGUUCAGGUGGAGGGCAGUGAGUGCCCGUGGAUUCAUCCCGACAGCGGCACAAAACUGGUUUCAAAGCACUUCUCCGAGUCGCUAAAGCAGAGAAAUGCUGGCCUCAAGGAAGACUACGCCGUGUCCGUGUGGUCGCUUCUUUUCGCCCUCUGGGGCGAUCAUGAUGAGCUGGUGGACCUGGAAAAGAACUCCCACUACAUGGUCAUGUGUCGGCGCAAUUUGCUUUCCGAGUGGCUUGAGAAUACGCUGAUGAGCAAGGAUCUGCUGUCCAGGAAGGUGAGCAGCCACAGCUACCUGGAUCACAUGUUGGAGUUGCUCAGCUGCCACCGUGUAAAUGAGGCUUGUGAGUUGGCCUUCAACUACGAUGAUGCUAAUCUCGCACUCGUGCUGGCGCAACUCAGUUCUGGAGCCGUUUUCCGACUGCUGAUGGAGGAGCAGCUUUUUGCCUGGCAGCAGAGCAAGUCGGAUAAAUACAUCGACCUGGAGCGUCUCAAGAUGUACAUGCUUGCCGCCGGAGUGCCCAUGAUGCAGUCUUCCAAGGGGGCUAUCAAUUUGCUGGAGGACAACAACUGGCUGACAGUGCUGGCCAUGCAACUGUGGUACUUCACAGCCCCGACCUCCACCAUCACGGAUGCCCUCAAUGCUUAUAACAACGCCUUCCAGGCGGAGGAGUGUUACGCCGAGCCACCAAAGCCCAGCUACGAGGGCGCACCCACUGAAACUAAGAAACCCGUCUACGACCUGCGCUACCACUUGCUUCAGCUGUACUCCAAGCGAACGCAUUCCCUGGAGGAAAGCCUCAAUCCGAUUACACACACCGCCGAUCCCAUGGACUUUCGUUUGAGCUGGCUGCUACUACAAACUCUGCGAGCUCUUGGCUACCGCCACUGUUCGCCUUUGACGGAGGCGCGCCUCUCGGUGGAUUUUGCUAGCCAGCUGGAGAACGAAGGCCUCUGGCAGUGGAGCAUCUUUGUUCUGCUGCACAUUAAGAGACGACCCCAGAGGGAACGAGCUGUCCAGCAGAUGCUUCAACGGAAUGUCAGCGUGUCCGCGAAGGUACCUCUAAAUGCGGAAGAGCGCUUUGUGGUCGAAGAGUUGGGCAUUCCGAUGUCGUGGGUGGACUAUGCGAAGGCGGUAAAGGCGGGAGCAUCAGGAAAACAUCAUCUUCAAGCGAAGUACCUCCUAAAGGCUAAACAUUUUGCCCCAGCGCACGACGUCAUCUUCCAACACAUUGCUCCCGAUGCGAUUAUAAACGGAAAAAUGGAGUACCUGCACAGCCUGCUCAUUCAGUUCGAGGACACCAAGGGCAGUAGCAUCCGAGUGCCCAACUGGGCCAACCAGGGGCAGAUCUUCCUGGACUACAUCGACAUCAGUGCCAAGUUCAAACAGAUCCGCAAUGUGACCAACAUUGCGGACAUAAAUGCGCGAUGGGAAAACCUGAAGCCGCAGCUCAGCGAACUCUGCUCGCGCAUCAGUCUGCUGCCCUGUCCCACCUCCAAACACCGUCUGUGCCAGAGUGAGAUCUCGCAGAGCCUCAGUUGUUUGGUGCACGGCAUGUGCAUUGUCUGCCCCGAGAUGGAGCCAUCCUCAGUGCUCAAAGUGGCCCUGGAACGACUGCCGCUGCCGCAGGAGUUCUCCUCGAAGGAGCUGCGCAUCUUGCUGGAGGAGCUGCUGGAGAAGAUCGAGAACGAGCCACCAUUCAGCGAGAAGCAACGGCCCACCAUGAUGGAGACAUAGAAGAGAAAAGAUACAAUGUUUAGUUUAGGUUUGAAUUAAUUUAGAAGUAAUCAAUUGAUUAGCAUUUCCCUCGCAAAAGCAAGAAGGCCAGCUGUAGGAUAGGUUCGAGUACGGCAUCAUUCAUUCAUGACUGCUUCAUAGUUAAAAACGUUUUGUCAGAAAAGACCAGAAGAAUUCGAUUUUUUGUUGAUUUGUUUAAUUGAUUUUAUUUUGAUCGCUCUCUCGGUCGAAAUUCUUAAAUUUAGUGUUAUAAGAAAGUAAAUAAAGUGUGUUUUUAACAACGAUAA